UGCUGAGCUCAAUUCUAGCCACAUUGUCUUCUCCGCAGCCUGCGCUCACUGCCAAGGAGACGAUGGCUUCCUGUGUCCUCCUGCACACUGGACAGAAGAUGCCUCUGAUUGGGCUGGGGACAUGGAAGAGUGAGCCUGGCCAGGUGAAAGCAGCCACCAAGCACGCCCUUAGUGUAGGCUACCGUCAUAUUGAUUGUGCUGCUGUCUAUGGCAACGAGACCGAGAUUGGGGAGGCCCUGAAGGAGAAUGUGGGACCAGGCAAGGCAGUGCCUCGAGAGGAGCUGUUUGUGACAUCCAAGCUGUGGAACACUAAGCACCACCCUGAGGAUGUAGAAGGUGCCCUUCGGAAGACACUGGCUGACCUCCAGUUGGAGUAUCUGGACCUCUAUUUGAUACAUUGGCCUCAUGCCUUCGAGCGGGGAGACAAUCCCUUUCCCAAGAAUGCCGAUGGGACCAUGCGAUAUGACUCCAUCCACUAUAAGGACACCUGGAAGGCUCUGGAGGCACUGGUGGCAAAGGGGCUGGUGAAAGCACUGGGCUUGUCCAACUUCAACAGUCGGCAGAUUGAUGAUAUCCUCAGUGUGGCCUCUGUGUGCCCAGCUGUCUUGCAGGUGGAAUGCCAUCCAUACCUGGCCCAGAAUGAGCUCAUUGCCCACUGUCAAGCACGAGGCUUGGAGGUGACUGCGUAUAGCCCUUUGGGAUCCUCUGAUCGUGCUUGGCGCCAUCCCAGCGAGCCAGUCCUGCUUGAGGAUCCAGUGGUCUUGGCACUUGCUGAAAAACAUGGCCGGUCUCCAGCCCAGAUCUUGCUCAGAUGGCAGGUUCAGUGGAAAGUAAUCUGUGUCCUCAAAAGCGUCACUCCUUCGCAUAUCCUUCAGAACAUUCAGAUGGAUGGGAAGAUGGUCCCCAGAGAUGCUGGACACCCUCUGUAUCCCUUUAAUGACCCAUACUGAGGCCAUCGUUUCCCAGCUUCCCUUUCAGCUCCCCUGCUAAGUGUUGCUUGCUACGCCUGAGAAAAUAAAGCCCUUGGAGCAUAAAAAA